UGCACUGUGCGCUAGGGAGCACUCACCGCUGCACUCUGGCACGCUGUCGGUCCAGCGAAGAGCAAACCGCGCGCUCUCCACAACUUCUCUCGGCAACUCAUCGCGCGCUCUCCUCUCUCUCAAGUGUUUCUCUCCAAACUAACAAACGCUGACAAUUACGCUACCUAUCCGUUUGCAUUCAAUUCAAAGUUAACGACUCACUUGAGACAUCCUCGUUGUCUGGUGCAAAGGACUGUGGAUUUACUCGCUGGACCUUCAACGGCAGUUUAACGUUUGAACCAGAGGAUGAACAAGCGGGUAGAACCUCCAAGCGUUGCCAUUCCGUGUCUCUUCACCCCAGGAUGUGAGUUGUGGUUGGACACGUCCUUCUCCAUGAGUUGAUUCGACCUUCCCUCCCUCUUUCUCUUUCUCUCCCUCCCUCUCUCCCUCCCCUCUCUCUCUAUCCCUCUCUCUCUCUCUCUCUAUCCUCUCCUCCCCCAUCCUGUGUCUCAGAGGGAUGUCCUUGGCCAGCCUCCUUCUCUUCAUUCUGCUCCCAUUCACAGCAUACACACAGACCUCCGCUGCUAAGGCCCUGAAGAUUUUGAUGGAGCAAUGGAAAGGCUACAAGAACGAGUGUAUUCAGAACAUCAUCAACGCACCACCGGCUACUGGGCUAGUGUGUAACAGGACGUUUGACCAAUACGCCUGCUGGCCUGAUGGUUUACCCGGCACCACCGUCAAUGUCUCCUGCCCGUGGUACUUGCCCUGGUACCACAAAGUUCGUCAUGGGCUGGUGUAUCAUGUGUGUGGGCCAGAUGGCCAAUGGGCUCCGAAGAACAGCAAGAACACCAGCGAGUGCGAAGAGGACGACCAGUGGUAUGGCCGUAUCCUGGACAUCUUCAGGACCAUGUAUACUGUGGGAUACUCGCUAUCGCUUGGGGCACUGGUGCUGGCCCUGUCCAUACUGGCGGCAUUCAGGAAGCUUCACUGUAUGAGGAACAACAUCCACAUGAACCUGUUCGCUUCCUUCAUCCUGCGGGCCCUGUCCAUCCUCAUCAAGGACGCUCUACUGGACGCCAUCAACGCCAACGCAGCACAGCUGUCAACCUCUCACACACACGCGCAACGCUGGACUAACUCACCACAGUUGGUAUCGGGAUGUCGAGUUGCCGUGGUUAUGAUGCAGUACAGCGUGGUUGCCAAUAACUACUGGUUGCUGGUGGAGGGAAUCUAUCUCCACAACCUUCUUGUCGUCACCGUGUUCUCAGAGAAGAACUACUUCCACAUCUACCUCUGCAUUGGCUGGGGUGCCCCCCUGAUGUUCGUGCUUCCCUGGGUUAUAGUGAAACAACUUUACGAGGACGAAGAGUGCUGGGAGAGAAAUGUGAACAUGGGCUACUGGUGGAUCAUACGCUCACCGAUUCUCUUCGCUUACCUGAUUAAUUUCUUCAUCUUCAUUCGCAUCAUAAAGAUCCUGAUGUCCAAACUGAAGGCCCAUCAGAUGCGCUACACAGACUACAAAUUCAGGUUAGCCAAGUCCACCCUGACUCUCAUCCCUCUGCUGGGUAUUCAUGCCAUCCUCUUCACCUUCGUGAUUGACGAGUCUGUCCCCAAAGAGUCACUCCUGCGCCUCAUCCGCCUCUUCUAUGACCUCCUCUUCAGCUCUUUCCAGGGUCUUUUGGUGGCCAUUCUCUACUGUUUUGUGAACAAAGAGGUACAGUCUGAGGUGGUGAAACGGUGGAAGCGUUGGAAGUUGGGCAAGGACAUCGAGGAGGAGUACCGCCACACACACAGCCAGACGCCACAUGGCAAGAGUGCCAGCGUCGUCAUGGCAGCACCCCCCAGCAGCGACUCCGACCCGCAAGACUCCGACCCUCCACCCCCUGACCCCGAUCCCGACCCACACGAUGUUGACUCCGACCUUCAAGCGACCCCUUCGUCGUCACCCCCCACACUAGCCUGGGAGGAGCGGGAGUGGUUGGUGGGGGUGGGGGGCGGGGGCGGGGGCGGCAGUCGGAAGUGUAACGGCAAAGGUGGUGGAGAGAAACGCAGAGUGAUAUUAUCCUCCUCACCAAUAGGGGGCCUCGGCUAUGGCAGCGGCUCACUGACGGAGGAUAUCUGUCUGCAGGAGAGGCGGCUGCCGUCCGGCUACGGUCACAACAAAGUUGACCACCUCGACAGCAGCAACUGCAGCAACCGGGGAGGAGGUAAUGGCGAUGACAAUGACAACGAUAACGACGAUGGUGAUGACAGUGUCGAUAUCGGCUAUGAUGGCGAUGGGGGUCGCGCCCUCUGUAGAGAAGCCAGAGAGAGCUACUUAUGACCUCUGACCCAUGACCUGUGACAUUACAGGAAAUGAAGGCUGUGUUGCUCGUGGUUACCAUGGCAGCAGUGCCUGGCCUGGUUCUGACCACUUUCUGAGUGAAGAAAAAACAGAGAGCGAAAGACAGAGAGAGUACGAGAGAGAGAGAGAGAGAGACUGAAUUAUUGAAUGACUGAAGGAAAAAAGCAGUAGGACCAAAUCAUAGGAACUUUCACACAAUGCCAGAACUGUUGACUAUUUGGGAAAUUGAAGAGAAGAAGAAGAGAGCACACAUCAUGUUAUUCAUUCACCUGAAAGGGACAAUGCAAAGAAAAUUGACAUGGAAGAGAUGGUUUAUCAGGAGAUUUGUCCAGAAUAAACGUGACAUAAGAUUCUCAGCAGUCAUUAAAUGUCUGCCUGAGCCAUUUUGGCUGCAUUGGUGACUUGUGGUAUGUUUUAUCUCGGUUAAUAAAUUGAAAUUCAAAAUCUUAGACAAAAUCUUUGGCCUUUGUUCAGCAACAAAAAGAAAUAACCAGCAUUGUUGCUUUGCUUUCACUGAGAAAAGCAGCACGACAAAAGCCUUUGCUUUGCAUCCACAGCAGUUUGCCACAGUACAGCCUAUCUCCUCAAAGAACAUGAUAAAAAGGAGAACAACCCCACCCCUCCAAAAAAAAUAAACCUAAAGAAAAAAGGACAUAAUCAUGCAGCUGACUCUACAGUGAAGUAUGUGGCCAAAGGCAAACCAUUUUGUGAUGUGCAAUGACUGGACACAUUUUCAUUAUUUUGUAUUUGUUUAUAUUUAUGCGGGUGCUGACGAUGCUGAAACCUUCUUCUCCCAACUUCAAAGCAGAGUGCUAAUAUACAGUAGGAUAUGUGUCUGGGUGUCACCAGAACAGAGGAUUCCGGGCACAGUGGGACAAGGACCAAAAAAAAUGCCUGGGCAUUUUUCAGCACACAAUUUUGUGACAUCAAGUUCUGAAAGCAUGAUGAAUACAAAACGGGAUUUUUUUUCUCAGUCUUUUUCUGUCCUCGCGUGUCACUGUUGCCUUGGCCAGCUGUGCUUGUUGUCUUUGUCAGUGCUUUGAAAAGUUCAAAUUCAAUACAUCUUAAAAAGUGAAAGUAUCAUUUUCUGUAAGCAUUCGGUAAGCCAAUUACUGGUGGGCGAUGUGGCAAAGAUGUCAUUUCACAUUUUUUAACCUAAAAUUUAGAUUUUUAUUUUCCUUCAAGACCUUCAAUUAAAAAAGAACAUAAACAAACAAAAACACAUUUAGGACUACAAACUUGUCUGAACAGAUUUUAAUUAACACACUGAUAGCUCUCAUAAAUAUUUGGAAUAUAAUAAAUUCAGUAAAAAAAAUAAAGUGAAUACAACAACAAUAAAUAAACAUCCCUCUGAUGAAGUGAAUAUCACCACUGAUAAAGUGAACAUCCUCAAUCAUUUUUCUCGAUUUAGUACAAUCAGAUCAAACACCCCUACCAUCAAUACUGGACCGAUUCUUCUAAAAGCAAGAUGGUUUCACUUUUUAAGAUGCCAUUUUUUUCAGUGUGAACAUUGCGGGCCACUAUUAACUGUUCUGCUUCGUACCCACUUGGUGAAAGCUGUGCUUGAUGUGAGAUCAUCAAGUCUUCUUACUAAAUGUGUUCAAAUGUCAGAAAAUGGAAAGACUGCUGCAGAGAACACA